AUGGAAAAUAAUACUUAUUUAAGUCGUUUAACAAAAAUAAAAGAUUAUAAACUUCAAGAAAUAAUUGGAAAAGGUUCCUACGGUUAAGUAUAUAAAGCAGAAAAGAAUAAGAAAAUAUACGCUAUAAAAGUACUCGAUAAAUAAUAAAUUAAAGAAAAAAACUUACAAAAAUAUGUUAAUAACGAAGUAUAAAUAAUGAAAAAUAUUAACCAUUAAAACAUAGUUUAAUUUUAUGAAGCUUUUGAAAAUUCCUUUGCUUUAUUUAUAGUAAUGGAAUAUUGUAAUGAGGGUCCUAAAGCAUUCCAAAAUGGAUACAUGCUUCCUUAAUCUAAAGUUUGUAAUUUUUUAGAUGAAAAAACACCUUCAAUAUCUACAUUUUACAAAAAGUCGAAUACUUAGAGUAUAUAUGAAAACAAUAGUUCUGUUUUAUAUUGUGAUUUAAAUCCUGAAGAUUUAGAAAUUAGUAUUUACAAUAUUAUUAUUGAUACUAUUAAUUGCUUGGAUGAACUUAAACUUUAAAGUAAUACAUAAUGUCUUGUUAAUUAUAUUUUGAGUGAUUUUUCAUUUUUAGAAUUUAAUGUGUGGAUAUAAAGAUGCGAUAAAGCUGAAUUAUCUACGGAAAUAGGAAAGCCUUCAUUUAACGAAAGUGGUAGUUUAAUUGAAUAUAAAAAAAACUUAAUUCUUUUUGGAGGAUUUUCUAUUUAAGGUGUAGAAUAAAAUAAUAUUUUCGUAAAUAUUUAUUCAAUGAAAAAUCACUCAUGGACUAUUCAAAAGACUUUUGGGUCUCUAAAACCUGUUAUUAGAUUCGGACAUGGGGCUGUAGUUUAUAAAAACUAUAUGGUAGUCUUUGGAGGAGCGGAAGUUUUUUGCAAAAACAGAAAAUAAAGAAAUUUUUUUAAUGAUUUAUGGAUGCUUAAUUUAGAUAAUUUUGAAUGGUAAUUAAUUAAAUGUAAUGGGGAAAUUCCAGAAACUAGAAGGAAUUUCGGAUUUUGUUUAGUUGGGAAUCAUUUUUAUGCAUAUGGUGGUAUUUCUUAAGGUGAAAAGGUUAUUAAUUAAUUAUCUAUGAUUAAUUUAGAUGAUAAAGAUCAUCCUUUAGAAUGGAUAUAAGCAAAAACUUUAGGAACUCCUCCUUGUAAUAGAUAUUAACAUAGUUAAGUAUAUAAUUAAGAUUUGAAUUGCUUAAUUAUACAUUCAGGAAGAACUGACGAUAUUAGGUAAAAAGAGUAUGUUUUGAAAGAUGUUUAUGUAUUAUAAAUGUUUACUAUGAAUUGGAUUUGUGCUUCAGUUAGUGGUAACUCAAAUUUCGAGAGAUUCUCACAUGCAUAUACUUAAACAGAUUAAAGAAUUUUUAUUUUCGGAGGGGCUUCUUAGGAUAUGUUUAAUGAUUGUGGAUUAUAUAUAUUAGAAAUGGAUUAAUAUUUAGCUAAUAAAAUGAAAUAUUUGAAUACAAGAGAUUCUUUUGUAAAGAAGGCUUCUUUACUAAGACUAAAUAAUUAAAAUGAGGAAGAAAUUAAUAUUAUAUAAUAAUAAACAAAAUGUUCAAACGAUAAAAUUAAUUAUGUAAAGAGUUUUUAACCAACCCCUAAUAAAUAAUAACUAAAAAUUCAAAAUUUUUAAAAAGAUUUGAGUGAGUUUGAAAACUAUAUGAAUUUAACGAAAACAAACUAUUAACCAAGUUAAGAUAAUAGUAUAUAAAAAUUUAACGAAUUUUACAGAGUAAACAAAAACUGA